AUGGCUCCAUCACUUUGUGCUAAUGGUUGUGGUUUUUAUGGUUCUCCUUCAACUAAGAACCUUUGUUCAAAGUGUUACAACGAGUAUCUCAAAGAAAACAUUGCCAAACCAAAUCUUAAGAAUAUUUGUGAUGAUAUGAAAGCUAUUUCUCUCAAUGACAAUGAGAAGAUGAAGAAGAAAAAUAGGUGCAACAGUUGCAACAAAAAAGUGGGACUACUAGGUUUCAAUUGCCGUUGCGGGGACGUGUUUUGUGGAAUGCAUAGAUACCCAGAGAAACAUGCAUGCAAAGUGAAUCUCAAGGAGAUUGGUCGCAAAAUAUUGGAAAAACAAAAUCCAUUAUGUAUAGCUGAUAAGUUAGAAUACCGAGUCUAA